AUGCAAACGUCUCGCCAUGUCGACCGAGGAAUAGAAAAUGCAGACUCCUCCAAGUCUCUCAACAAACCUCAGCGAAAGAGUACGAAGCCCAGCACCAUGCCUGAGCACCGCAAGCCGCAAAAUCCUCAUCACAGAGGCUUACCCAAAACUCAACCCCUAGCCCAAAGAAGAGAGAAUGGGAGAAAACCGCCUAGUUUCUUUAUCGAACGCCGUAAGCACCACGCUGCAGCCGGACCAACUCCCCCCAAUGAUGCGGAUAAUACCAAGGUGUCGAAGAAGUCUGUUCAAGCGAAGUGGAAUAGGUUCUGUCUUGAUCAGUUACGAGAGGAUCCGGAAGUAGUAAUGCAGAACUUAGGAGCGGCUGAGAUCAAGACAUUCUUUGACUGGAUUGACGAAAACUUCAGGGGUUCUGUGAAAGCGGAUUCCUCCUUUAGUAACUACUGGAGGGUUUUAAAAGGUUUAUAUUAUGACAAGACUUUCAAAACUCUGGAUGAGGCUACAAUCAAAGAUUGUAUUAAUUACAGGAGAGAAGUCUCCAAGAGAAUGGGCCUCCGAAGGCUACCAAAACCAAAGCCGGUAUCACGAAAUGAUGAUCUACUUCACUUUCUUGUUGUUCACUUGGUUUGGGAUGACUCCGUAUUCCCGGAUGAAGCACAGCGAUUCUAUCUCUUCGUUGGCCUGAAUUUGUCUAGCGUGACAAGCUGUCGCGCAGUUUCCCUCUUCGACACUCGAAAGGAUACUGACGACUGCGAGUCCCCAGGAACAGAAGAAGGUUUAGAUUGUGGAAAAAGCGAGUCUCUGAUUGAAGACUAUUCGAGCGAUGAUGCGGUCUCCAAAUCCGACAAUUAUGACAUCCUGGCGGAACAUGAUCUGCAUGUUGUUCAUGAGGAGGGAGUGAUUUCAGCCCAUAGAGUGGCUGAGUUGGAGCGUACUAACUUCAGUGCCAAUUCGGAAGACAUAAGGUUGAGCGAAGUCGACACGAUGUGUGACACUCCCGGUGAUGAUUUUGACAUGGAUAUCGAUUACGAAUCUGAUAUAUCAAGUGUCACUGAUGAUGGUUAUCUGGGUGGCAAUGACGAAACUAGGACCAUUCUCUGGAGACAUAUCAGUUUUCGCAUUGUGCGUAGUCCACAGCAGGGAAUGCCGAACCUCCUCAUCGCGAUAGUUUCCCUUGUUAAUACCAAGGGGCAGGAUAGGAAACCAAGAGUCAAGCGGUUUGUGAUUGAACAUGAAGAUAACCCUUUAUUCGACCUAUUAGGCCAAUUGAUAGCAAUGGCCUUUUAUGACGAAAUUUUUGUCGCUGAGUUCAGAGAUAUAGAAGAUGUCUACUUGCGGAACAUUCCUGACCACAAAAGAGGCCUAGAGCUAAAAAUAAAACGUGACAAAUUGGAUAUUCCGAUUUUUCGCGAACCUGAGCGGUCAGAUUGCGGAUACCGAACGUCUCUUAAAGUGCCGCUUAAAGCAAGUACAUGGAGUAGGUAUCAGAAACGAUUGGGAGAGAAAGGAGGGUCGAAAGAAAACCUCACUCAGAAGGUGUGGCGCCGAGGCACAAUUAAUGCCAUCAACAACAAGGCGCCCGCAUCAGUCCGUGAUCAAAUUGCAGAUCAUGAAUCUAAUGCGGUCAAGUACUACAUCAAUGAGAUGGUUGAGUUCGACACGGCGGCAGCAUUCCUGGAACGGCCUUCCAAUGAAGCGGUGCAGAAAGAAGCACGACUCGUGACUUUCCUCGCCGAUAUGACUGCUCCAACCGGUAUAACCGAGGAACAGAAAAUGUUCAUAUCCCAGCGACCCACGAUCCGCCGGCUGAGGAGUAUCUCCCGAAGCCUCACAGAGGAGAUUCACGCGCGAGGUUAUCGCUCAUGGAAAGCUGCGGAGGGAACUGAGAUCUAUGAUCGCAAAAAGGAAGUAGAAAAAAAGCUGAAUCGGGAGCUUACAAGCCUUCGCGAGCAGCUCAAAGAAAAGAACCGACUGAGACACUUCCGUGAUGCAGACACUGCGAUCAUCAACGAACAGCUGAGUGGUGCGCCCUCGCUGUCCCCCAAAGCUACACCGCCUGUCUAUUCGGUACCGGAGAGAGAGGAGAUUGUCAAUCUAAUCUGCAAGUCACCAGCCAACUUGACUGAGAUUCAAGUAUACCAUCGACGAUUAGCAUGUAUUCGACUCUGGAUCCGAUGGCAGGACCGACAGGAAAGACCCCGCCGGGGUAGGCUAGCUGCACCGCUGAUGCGACUACCUCCAGUCCCUGAACUGCCUGUUACUGAACCGAUUGCCGACAAAUACCAGAAAAAGCAGUGCCCUUUCUGUGUCGCUAAUUUAUCUUUACCUCGCCGGGACCGCGAGGCGUCGUUCAGUCGCGUUAACAAGAUGUGGGAUCACGUCGAGAAAAUUCACCGUCAAGAACUGGCAGCAUUUGAUACCAGUAAGAUUCCUUGUUCUAUCUGCAAAGCGAGAAACGUUACAUUCGUCCCGUUAAACGUUUCCGAUUUUCAAAACCACACGCAAGAAGUCCAUAAGAUAGAACUUCGCAACCCCUUCAGCCAGUCUCUUCGCCUUGGCUAA